AUGAUUUGUUCUAUCGAAAGUACGAUCAUUGUUAUUCUUGUUUUGUUAACAAUGUCAGAUAAUCACUGUAGUAAUAAUAGUAAUAACAGUCAAAUCAACUAUCUAACAGAUAGACUAUCUAAUCUAAUACUAUUAGAUAUCAUUUCAAAGAUAGACAACAAUGUAGAUAUGAUAUGCUUUUUCAUGACUUGUAAAAGAUUGUAUCAUACUAUUAGACUACAAUCAUACAAGAAUAUAAAGUUUAAAGAGUUGACGCAAUACCCUUUUGUUCGCAUUCAACCAUUUAUACCAUCGUUUAAACAGAUCUCUCAACAUACACUAUCACAUAAACUUGUAUUGAUCAAUCAAGGUAACAUCUUUUCAAAAUACAAAGGAAUAGAAAACAUUCAUAUUUUAAAAGAUGAUGGUGAUAAUCAAUUCGACAGUGGUGGAGAAGAAUCGGAACAAAUACAAAGAGUUAUUAUAUCAAUUAAAGAUUCUCAACUUGACCCAAGUCUAAAGAUUCCAUCCUCCACACAUUCAUUGAUCAUUCAAACAAAUCGACAUAUCGAUGCACCACCACUCAAAUAUAUACCACCAUCGGUCAAACAUGUUAUAAUGAUGUGUGAACAAUUUAAAUGUGAUGAUAAAGAAGACUUUAUUGUUCCUGAUACUGUCGAAUCACUAUCGUUGCAUGCAACCACAAUGAAUGUACGUGCAAAUACUAUUGUCAAGUUACCAAACACUCUAAAGUCACUUGGAUGGGGACGUCGCUCAAAUGGUCCUUUCAUCUCACUCGAUCAAUUCAAAUUCCACACUUUUACAUCAAUGACUAGCUUGACAAUCAAUUUCAAGGAUUUUGGCGUGGUAGCAAGUGUGGGAAGUGUUGGUGGAGGAGUACUGCCUCCCAACCUAACAUUUCUAGACCUUUCAUUUAUGGACAUUAUCCCACCAUCCAGCCUAUUCAAACCAUUGGCAUCGUCGUUGACCAAUCUUAGACUAACAUCACCACACCGAUUUAAAAAUCUUUAUGGUCAAUUCAUCGAUCUUGGACCACUCAAUAAUCUGACCAACUUGUACCUAUUUUGUUGUGGAUCGGUCAAACUACCUGUCUAUCCAUCAUCCAUAGUCCAGUUGGAUGCCUACGGUGGAACAUUUGAUUAUAUACCAAAGUCACUUGAAUCAUUUCAAAUAGAAUCGGAUCUAUUAUUGGAAUUGUACAAGUCCAACCCAACACCACUUCCAUCAACACUCACAUAUCUUUGGAUCACAGACUAUGUCCAUAGGAGUGUACCUCUUCCCACUGGUAUCAUACCACAUGGAGUAACCAGUCUUGAUAUAUCGAUCGAUCCGACCAAAUAUGGAGUGUUGGAAGGAUUGAUCCCUACAUCUGUCAAAACACUCGAUCUAAAGAUAAGCCAUUUUGGACAGACUGAUUUAACUGGAUUGAUCCCUUCAUCGGUAGAGACACUCCAUCUAUGUUGCAACAUAACUCCAGAUCUACUGUCUUUUAUACCAACCUCUGUCAAAUCAUUUGAUUUGAGACAAGCCAAUUUUAUUCAUGGUCAUGAUGGUAAAAAUAUUAAAUAUGAAAACCUUUCAUUUAUAUUUCCAAAUCAUAUAGAGACACUAAAAUGGUACUCUGAUGAAAUCAAGAGUGUCACUUAUUCAGAUUCAAUUACAUCUCUAUCCAUUAAAACAACAAACUUUAAAACUCAAAAUGGAAAAAAUAUUUAUUCAUUAUCAAAAAAUGAUAAUAAUAAUUGUAAUAAUAAUAAUAAUGGAGUGAUGUUACCUAAAAAUAUCAAAAAGUUAACUUGGAUGAUUGGAACUACCAAAGAAAAGAAUAUGUGUAUUAGAUUGGAUGAUAUUAUCAAUUUGACAAAUAUUGAAGAGCUGGAAAUUCAAAUUGACUAUACCACAUUGUCAACAUUUAGUAUUCGUAGAUUCGAUGGCAAUAACUCUAGAGUAUUGAUUGUUGACAAUCAAUCUCUAUUUGGAGGAUUCAUCAUUCAACCAACAUCACAGUCACCAUCACCAUUUUAUCUCCACUCUCUUACAAUUGACCAUAGGUGUCCAUUUUGGCGUCGAUUCAUUAUUAAUAUUUCUAAAAAUGUUUAG